AUAUAUAGCUAAUGGGACUGAGUGGAUUGAUAAUGUAUAAAUUAUGACAGCUGAAGAUUUUAAACAUCCCUAUGAAUUUGCUUCCAUGUAAGCAUUUCACGGUAAGAUUGUAUUGGGCGCAUGUGACAAAUAAAAAUGUGAUUUGAUAUGUAUUGGUGCAGUGGCAAACCAAAGAACAGUAUUUAAUCAUUACAAUUUCCUUUUGCAUCUCAACAAUAUAGAUGUACUAUUAGACUGAUCGGCUACAAGCAAAUUAUAGAGAUGUGAUGGAUGGAAUUAAUAUCUAUUUAAUGUCAGUCAUACUGUUGUUAUUGCUGUUUUUUAUCAAGAAAAUAGAGAACCGGUUGUUUACUACAUAGCUACAACAUUGUUGUUAUUGUGGAGCACUCCUGUACAGUAGGUGGCGGUGUCCAAUUUUCAACUCUACCAUCCAGCAUAAGGAAACAUAAUCUCACCAGCUAAAAACAAAGCUAGCCAGCGAUGUCAAAGCUAGCCAGCGAUGUGUAGUUUAUGAUAUUAUUCUCUUUAUUUUAAUAGCUAGCUAGAUAACUGUAAACAUAAAAACUGUUUCGUUGAAAAGGGGCCAAAAGCGUCGGGGGACWAUGUCGAAUUCCGUGGUCGAGUUCCAGGUGCAGAUAGCCUCAAUCAUGGAGGUGCUAGCCAACGCAGCUGUAGCCGAAAUCUGCAAAAUUGUUGACGAUGGCUAUGCGGUUGUACAUCUGGAGAUGACUCAAAGCCACAAGGACAACGAAUUUCUCCGGAGCGAAAUGAAAUGUGAUGGAACUUCAGAUCGCCAAGUUUCGAGCAGAGAGAACAAAGUUUUCAGAGGGGUCCGCCACAAUCGCUUCCAUGGAAUACGCCUCUAAACAGAAACAGCAAUCGAGAGAAGGCAAUGACAGGACCUACUUGGCAAAGCAGAGCCAGACUUUCCAACAGGAGUUUUGGGAACAGCAGCAUACCAAGAGACAGACAGCCCAUAGACGUGGACAAGAGGAUGUCCUCCAUCAAAGCAUAUGGCUGCUACAAGUGAUGAGUCAGCAGAGACAGAGGAAGGGGAACCAGACCUGUUGAUCAUCAAGGUGGAGGGAGAAACAGAUGACCAGGACUCUAGGAUCAGCCACCCAGCCAGAACAGUGGAGGGCAGCAGAGAACUAACCACCCAACUGGCUGCAGCCACCACAGAGGACCCCGCCUUCCAGUCCAGUGGCCCCAGAGGCAACAACAACUACAACAACACCGCUAUGGAGGUCAGUGGAUCUGACACCGUCUUCCUCCAGUCAGAAACAGGGAAUGUGAACCAGGGACCACAGCAGUUUACAGGACUUGAACCCAGAGCAGAGAGACAGAGUCUGGACACAAAGUGUGACAUGAACAGGGACCUCAAUCUCCUAAGAGAUUAUUUAAACCAGGUGUGCAGAGAGGUAGUAGCGACUGAUGAUGGUGCCUCUGCUGCUCACACUAAAGUAAUGGGCCUAGGGAGUGGCCCAGUGGGCCCAGAAACACAGACUAGCUCGGCCAUGGAAAUGAGAAGUGUAGAGUUAGAAAACCUCAGGUUUGCCCCCAAGUCAUUCCAUUCCUCAUCAGAACAUGUGAUAGUGAUUGACUGUGUCCAGUGGGCAGCAGGUAGAUAGAGGUUUUGAGUGGGGUCAGGUGGGUACAGCUACUGCACCACAGGUCAAUGGGACUGGAAAUAAGCAGGUAGUGGGAGUGUUUAACAGAAACGCACCAAUGAUUCACCCCGAAUCGAUGAGAGACAACACAACGCUAUUGGUUUCACCCGGCUUCCGGCCCUCAGAGAUAAAUACAGGCAUGCAUCUUGGCACAGGAAAUGCAGUUGAGGCCAACAAAGAUAGUUGGUGUUCGUUGGCAAGCCUCCAUAGACACUCUGAAAUACCAGGAAGAGGAGCUCAACAACCAACUCAUACCUCACUUCCUGAUUGCCAUUUUAGACCAAGCACCACAAUUUCCUCUCACUUGAGUAAU